UGUUGCUUAUACAUUCUUGUUGUUAACUAAUUUAAAGUAUCUGUAAACUAAAAACACAUUUAAAAGUUGGACUUGAUAAAGUUUACGUAAAAGUUACACCUAAAUGUGAAAAUCUAAAAUGGUUUUGAACUACGAAGACAUCGAGGAGGUCCCUUUCGAGGUGACGACAGCAGAAGUGGACCGCCAGUUCUGGGACUACUUCGACAAUAAAGUGACUUCGAGUCUGAACUUCACGACUGUGCCCACGAGUGCUGACCCUGGUGGCAGAGAUCAGGGUUUGAUUCUCGCCACAUACGGGGUGUUGUUGGCCGUGGGUGCCUUCGGGAAUAUGGCCGUGCUGGUGACGUUGGCCAAAAGUCGGAGACGGAAGUCUCGCGUCGACUUUCUGAUGACUCACCUGGCGAUUGCUGAUGUCUGCGUCACUUGCGGAGUGAUUCCUUUAGAGAUCGGGUGGAAGUACACGAACGCAUGGCUGGCGGGCAACCUGUGCUGCAAGCUGCUGCUGGUGCUUCGAGCAUUCGGGCUCUACCUCUCCUCCAACGUGCUCGUCUGCAUCUCUAUUGACAGGUUCUUCGCGGUGCUGUACCCGCUGCGCCUGCACGUGGCGCGGCGCCGUAGCCGGCAGAUGCUGGCGGCCGCCUGGCUGAGCGCGCUCGCAUGCAGCGUGCCGCAGAGCAUCGUGUUCCGCGUACUGCGGCACCCUCGCAUCGUUGGCUUCGAGCAGUGCGUGUCGUUUGAAGCCUUCAGCUCGGAACAGCAGGAGGUCGCCUACAACGUGUUCUGCCUCUGCGCAAUGUACUUUGUGCCGCUGGUUAUUAUCACCGUCUGCUACCUGUGCAUCUUUCAAGAGAUACACAGGAACAGCAAGGAGUUGGGAGACAAGGUGCUGGCGCCGCGCACCAGCCUCACGCACGUGCGCCUGCGCCGCUCCGACCGCCGCGUGCUGGAGCGGGCGCGGCGGCGCACGCUGCGCAUGACCGUCACAAUCGUGAGCGUGUUCGCGCUGUGCUGGCUGCCCUACGCCACCAUGGCUAUGUGGUACAUGGUGGACCGGCAAUCGGCGCGCCGCGUGUCCCCCCGCGUCCAGGACCUGCUGUUCGCGAUGGCCGUCAGCAACUCCUGCAUGAACCCACUAGUCUAUGGGUCGUACGCACUGGGUGUGAGAGCCGCCGUGCGCCGCGCCGUGGGAAGAGCGUGCUGCGCGCGCGCCGCCGCCUCCGACACUCUGGGUAACUCCGGGUCUGGUUCUAACAAAAACAAACAGAAUCUCGAGGUGCCCAUGAUGAUAAAGAACGGCCGCGUGCGCCCGCGCAUGGGCGUCCGGUUCGCGGAGACGUCGCUGACGGCCGUGCCCUCUCGGCCGGAGCCCCCGCGCCCCCGCGGCGUGGCCUGACAGCCGCCCGCGCGGCUCGUGUGCGCGCAACAUGAGAGAUGUCGAGUAUUGCAUCAGUUCUACACCGAACGAAUGGCUGCGACAGCUAGUUUGGUUUAGACCAAUAAGAGCAAAGCUACGUUACCAAUGGACCAAUGGUAGCCUGGAGGUUGUGAUUCGUGUAUGAGUUGGAAUGGUGAUGGUGCAGAUUUAAAGUAAGAGGACCAAUGAAAGCGUUGUUAUACAUUUACCAGUGAGUGUAGUGCUGCAAGAUUCAUUAAUGAUAGAAUGAUACCUACCUGCGUUGUGUACCUAUUAUUAAAGUGGUGUAAAUAUUUUUGUACGGAAUUAGGAGGAGAUAAUAUUGUAAGUGAGUAAUUGAAGUUUGUAUUAUUAUUAUUGCACUUGACUCAAACUUAUGUAAGUGCUUGACAAUAAGGGACAUUUGAAAGAAAACUAUAGACAGUUACCAAAUUCAAUACUUUUAUGCUCACUUUAGUGCUAAAAUGAAUGUGUUUGAAUAUAGUGACUACCUACCUAUUUUUGUAACAUACCACCUAUGCCGUUAAGAAUAAGGUACUAUUGCAGAAAAAAUCUAAUCGAAACUAAAACGAAUAAAAUAAGUAAUCGUGAUUGAUCCGCCGCAAAAUCCGAUCCGCAUAAUUCAAUAAAUAAUAAUAAUAAUAAAUUAUAUUUUAUUAUGUGUCAAUUAUGUACCUACCUAUUUUAACUUAUUUUUAUUUAAGUAUAAAAAUAUAUUGCCUACCAUAGUUUUCUUUAUUCUAUGCAUUUAUUUUAACUUUGUCCCAUUGUUUUAUACUCUAAAUUUUUGUUUUAAGUUAUGUUAACAACACAGUAAUCUAUUAUGUUUAGGUAUAUUACACAUCCGCUUUUUACUUAUUAACUAAUAUAUGAAUGAUUAGCCUAUUCUAAAUUAAAUAAUUAAUAUUUAAUUUAACAACUUAUAUCAGUCACUAAGUAAAAGGAAAGUGUAUAAGCAAAAUGAUAAUAAGUACAUAAUUUUAAUUCGGUUUUAAGUACGAUGUGGGUUAAUGAGAAUUAUAAUAAUAUUUCGGCACUUUACACACGUUUCACUACGUUUCCUUUAAAUUUUGUUUCAAAAUAUUUUUCAAUUCAUAUUUUUUGCCGUAGGUAGGAAGGUAUUGUUUUAACCAAAAGCGGAUGUGUAUGUAUAAUUUCCAUAACCUGUUGAAUCGUAAUGGUUUGUGAUAUCAUUGAGUGUUAACAUAAAAUAAAUCCUUUUCUUUUUU